CUAGCCUUCCUGCUGCCCUUUUUAUUCUUAUCUCCUCACCCUCGCGCUCUCUUCACCUCCCUUGACCCGUCGUCCCAUGCUAAAAGCCCAGGGUUAGGAGCUAGAGGUAAUCUCUCUCCCGUCUCUCCCCAGUGGGCGUGGGGGCGCCGCAUGGAAGCCAUGGACGUCAAGUACAAGCCCGUCAUGUUCCCCAACGGCGCCGGCCUCAAGAAGCCGAAGCCGGCGGCGGCCGUGGCGCUGGCCGGGGAGCCGCUGUACCGGGAGUGCCUCAAGAACCACGCCGCGAGCCUGGGCGGGCACGCCGUCGACGGUUGCGGCGAGUUCAUGCCCUCGCCGGGGGCCAACCCCGCCGACCCGACGUCGCUCAAGUGCGCGGCGUGCGGGUGCCACCGCAACUUCCACCGCCGGACGCUGGAGGGUUCCCCUCCGCCGCCCGCGCCCGCGCCGCUGGCGCUCCCGCCUCCGCCGAGCGUGAUGCACGGCCAGCCGCACCGCGCCCGGGAGGAGACGCCCGAGGACCGCCACCCGGGGGUCGUCGACGCCGACGACUCCGAUUCCGACUCGGAAGGCUCGGAGUACGACGAGGAGCGGUCGGUGUCCCCGCCGCCGCCGCCGCACCACCUGCUGCCGGCGCCGGUGGCGCAGCAGCCCCCGCCACCGUCCUACUUCCCGACGGCGCCGCACAUGGUGCUCUCGCUAGGUUCCGGCGUGCCCGGGCCCGCGGUGGCGGUAUCCCCGGCGCAGAGGCUGGCCCCGACCCAGCUGACGCCGUCCAGCGCGCCGCCCCACGCCGGGGGCGCGAUGCCCAUGCCCAGGAAGCGGUUCCGCACCAAGUUCACCGCCGAGCAGAAGCAGCGGAUGCAGGAGCUGUCGGAGCGGCUCGGGUGGCGGCUGCAGAAGCGCGACGAGGCCAUCGUCGACGAGUGGUGCCGCGACAUCGGCGUCGGCAAGGGCGUCUUCAAGGUCUGGAUGCACAACAACAAGCACAACUUCCUGGGCGGGCACAGCGCCCGCCGCAGCGCCUCCUCGCCCGCCCCCGCCCCCGCCGCCGCGUCGCUCCAAACCCCAGCCGCCGGCGCCGGCGCUGCUGCAGCACCGUCAUUCCACCCGUCCAGGAUCACCCCUCCCCCUCCCGUCCUCACCUCGUCCCCGACGGCCGCCACCGGCUUCAACAUCAACGGCGCCGCCUCGUCGGCGCCCACCGUCGCCACCGACUACACCACGGACAACGCCAACGGAGCUUCGUCGCCGCACUCCGCUUGAACUAGAGAAGGGAGAAGAGAGGAGGGGGGAAGGGAAGGGAGAGCGGAGAGAGAGAAACAUGUAGCUUAAUUUCAGUGAUCACUCGUUUUUUUUUUCUUUAGACUUCUUGCCAUCUACUAAGAAAUUAACCCCAAGAAAAAGCAUGCCGCUGUGCGCCAUGCCUAGAAAUCCAAGCUUCUUCCUCCCCUGUACUAGUACUGUAUGCUCUUGGGAUCCGAUGAUGAUGCUGAUGCUGAUUUAGGAUUAGAUUAUCUCAUCCCAUCCCCAACCAAAAAAGAGGUAGUAGCCUUCUUGGUGGUUGUUCUUGUCCUCUUUGAUUGAGCUCAACCAAGAGCCGUGCUCGUGGUCGGGAGCAAGGCAAGAGAGAGACAGGGUUCUUCCUUCUAGACUCCUAGGAGGAUCCCAUGCUGUUGUGCUGUGGCAUGUUGCGCG